GUGCUCUGGUGUGCCGACGCCGUUGCUCCCACCAUCCGCAACCAACACAGUUCGCCCGGCGGUGAGCACAACUUCGCUCUCAGACUCGACCAGGCCUCCCCAUCACCACGCGCUGGCCCCAGCACCAGAGCAGCGCGCCGUCAACAUGGACGACUUCGCAGCUUACACUACCCAUGAUCUCCCCUUCGAUUUUGGCGGCCAGCAACACCUAGCACCCGCCCACGAUCCUCGACCGCACACCUAUCCGCCGCCCUUUGGUCAGCAGAACUCGCAGAAUUCACACGCGUGGCCGCUACAACACCAGCACCACAUUGGACAGCAGCGAUUUGAGCAGGAAGUCGUGAUGCAGCAGCAGUUGCAGCAGCACCACCAACAACAGCAGCAGCAACAGCAGCAGCAGCAGCAGCAGCAAUACCAAUACCAACAGCAGCAAAGCCAACUUCAGGCCCAUCAACAGGCUCAAUAUCACCAGCAGCAACAGCACCAGCAACAACAGCACUACAUGGCUUCCCAGUCGAGUCAAGACGAAGACGCGAAACCGCAACAGUUGAGUCGGCCGAACAGCAAUCAGAGUAAUCAGCCAAUCAGCCUGAAUCCCAAUGGCCUCGACAUGGACUACUCCGCCAUGCUGUCUACUACAAACUGGCAGUAUCACUUCCAGCAAGCCGCCGCCGCCCAGCAGCAGCAGCAACAACAGCAGCAGCAGCAGCAACAACAACAACAACAACAACAACACUUCGUCGCACCAAAUGCGCAGGCUUUCGAUAAUAUGAACAGCUAUCACGCGGCGUCGUUUGGCACACAGUUGCAGGCGUCGCCAGUCGACUUCAUGCCUACGACCACUGUCGGAGGUUAUGCCGUUUCUGCCGCCAUGGACCAAACGAAUUACAUGACCAUGGCGGGUCCCAUGGAUUCCAUGAAUUCUCUCGUUUUCCCGCUCGAAGACUACUCCGCCGGCCUGGUCUUUCCAAUGUCCUUGAACCAGGCCGCUCUGCAAGAGCACACCCAGCUUACACAACCCGCAUCCGACUCAAUACACUCCAGUAUUCCUGGCAGCUCGCCCACCGGUACGAUUCUCGAAGUUCAGUCAUUGUCGGAUAAUGAAGGAUGGUCGAUGGUCAAUUACAACAGCCAUCGCGCCUCGCUCGACUCUUUCGGUACCGUGUCCAAUCCCAGUCAGAACCUCCAUAUUCGCACCAGCUCAGACUCAUCGGCCUCGGACGGCCCGCAUUCCGCCGAGUUAUCGGGCAGUUAUGAGGAGAUUCCACCUUGGCCAUUGCAUUCGCCACACGAUCUUCACGGCGAAGGAUAUCUCGAUGCCCAGUAUGCUGCCUACCAGCAACAUACUCACCAGCAACAUGCUCACAGUAUGGGGAUGCAUCCACAUAGCUCGCCGCCGGCAUCCGCUGUCGCGUCAGCCGCCGUCAGCCCCCAAAAUGGUGUGGUAUCGUAUCAUUCGUCUGGAUCAUCGUCGACAUCACCCGCUUCAUCGGGUCCAGUAUCGCCACCGCUUCGACGCCGAAAGUCACCAGUCGAGGCCAAGACCACGAAAGCUGUCAUCAAGAAGACCACGCCUCCUGCGACACGUCGCGAUGCUUCUGGCGAGAAGAAGGUCGGACGUCGACGAGGUCCUCUUCGUCCUGAUCAACGCCAGCAGGCCCACGAGAUCCGAAAGUUGCGUGCAUGUUUACGAUGCAAGUUCUUGAAGAAGACUUGCGACAAAGGUGAGCCAUGUGGUGGAUGCCGACCAAGCCAUGCUAGGUUGUGGCAAGUGCCAUGCACUCGCAUGGACAUCAAGGACAUCGGCUACUUCAUGAAAGAUUGGAAAGCAGAUUACGAUCGCCAAGUCUCACUCGGCUUCAGCGCUGGCAACGUCAAGGGCUACAGCUCGUACGAGCGUGUGUUGUACAUCACACACGGCUAUGGCCACUACUUGCCCAUCAAUGCUCGUGAGGUCUAUGUCAACGAUGAUCAGUGUUUCGGCAUGGAUUGGGUCGAGACCGCACUCGGCCAAGGUCCUGAAGGGUUUGAGAUCUCCACUGCGAAGCUCACUGCUGGCAUGGAAGGCGUGAGUACUUCCAUGUUGUCAGAGUACCUUGACCGGCACCUGGACGAGGGCUUCGAAGCAUUUGUCGGCGAGUAUUUCGAGGGCACAAAGUUCUUGUCGGAGAUCCUGAUUACAUGCUACCACUAUUACCUCAAAGAGAAGACGCCUUCAAUACGAAAGGCACUCAAGCUGGUCCUUGCAUAUAACCUCACGUUACAUGUGACAAUGGUCACUGGUCUCUCGGAGGAGGAACAGUUCACCGGCAAGAUCCGGGAUGAGAAGUCCCGGUUUUAUGGACAGACCAUGGCACCCGUCAUGAUCAAUUUCCAGGUGAAGUGCGCGCUGGCUGAUAUGUGGCGCGAAUUGCAAAAGGACAUCUUGGAGGAGCUCUCGGCUCUGUACUCCUCUGUUUACUCGGGCGAGAAGCUCAAAAAUUGGCCGACGAUCUUUAUGCUCGCCACCAUUCUGUUGGCAAUCUGGGAGUGGAUGCAGUUUGACUGCCAUUACCGCGUGCCAGAUGAAAAGGCAGUGCACAAGUUCUGCGACGACAUGGAGACCACGCCUGUCGGCGUCAUCGUGGGUCUCUUCUCGGCCAUCUCCACGAAGUUGCCUGGCCUGCAAGAGUGGGAUACCAAGAAGCACCACCAACUCCUUGGAUCUAACCCUGCUGUGUGCGAUGCUUUGACCGAAGUACGAGGCCACAUCAACAAACACGAAAAGUAUUUGAGAGAGCGAUCUACCGCUACGUUCGACCGCGACGAUUUUGAUUGUCUCAGCAACAAGUUUUUGAGCAAGCUCGUGAUUAAGGCCAACUAGGCGACACGACCGCCCGUUGCUGUGAGCUGCCAAUUCCACGAUUACGAAUAACACUCGACCACGACAUGGUGCCUACGAGUUACUGAUUAACACCGCAUCAACAACGAAAAACGGAACGAAAUGGAACGAAAUCACAGCUGCCCAGUCUUUUAUUUACAAUUUUGGAUCCCUUUUCACCAGGAAACAUAUCCAACCAUCCGGAGUUACGGUUUUUGUACCAUCUUGCAUAUUACGAGGUGUUGAAUUGAUGGGUCCUUGCGACGAUACCAUUCACCGCGAUCUCGACGGGAUUGACUUUGCUCUCCCAUUUUCCUUAACGACUACUUAUGGAGUACGACAUACACGUCUGCGUGAACCUUUAUCUGAGCAGGAGGACAGUGAAUGAUGAUGGUGGGAGAGGAUGAUGACGACGAUGAUGAUGAUGAUACGCCGUAUACGUCUAUCAAGGCCAUGUGGAAUGCGAGGAGGGCUGGCAUAUGAGGUGCUCACGCCUUUGAGCGCUGUCAUUGGAAAGAAUGACCAUCCACAUUGAUGAAUGUGUGGCAUGCAUGAUGUGCAAAUGUAGCAUGCAGCACGCAAUGAAACGGCAGACAAUCUCACUUACAAACUUGGGUACGCUUCACCUCUCAGUGUCAUGUUUCUGAACUAUGUAAUGCU